AUGCACCUUUUUGACCAUAUAAAUGCAUUCUUCCGCCUCUUCCCUUCCCUCCGAUACCAUACCAUUUCCUCUCUCCACGAGUUCAGAUUCUGAUCUUGAGGUUUAAGAAAACAAUCCUUUCUGCAAAUUCAGGGUUUUGGGUUAAUUUAAGGGGGUUUUGAUCUUUUCAUGGGUGCCAAUGAAUCUCAUACUUCGUCCCACACGCAUGAUGAGGGUCCUUCAACCAAGCCCAGGCUCGGUGACAUACCAGAGAGCUGCGUGGCGUUGGUUCUAAUGCACUUGGACCCGCUUGAGAUCUGCAAUUUGGCUCUAUUAAAUCGGGCCUUUCACGCUGCUUCUUCCGCUGAUUUUAUUUGGGAAACGAAGCUGCCUUCAAAUUAUCGGUUUAUAUUGGACAGAGUGUUUGAUGAUCACAAAACUAUGGCAGAUUUAGUGAAGAAAGAUAUUUUUGCCAAGCUGUGCAGGCCUAUCCCUUUUGAUGGUGGCACAAAAGAAGUAUGGCUGGAUAAGAAAACUGCCGGAGUUUGUUUAUCGAUUUCUUCAAAAGCUUUAACUAUUACUGGGAUUGAUGACAGGAGAUACUGGAACCACAUUUCCACGGAUGAAUCAAGAUUCCAGAAAGUUGCAUAUCUUCAGCAUAUUUGGUGGCUUGAAGUAGAUGGAGAGUUAGAGUUUCAAUUUCCAGCAGGAACAUAUAGCCUAUUUUUCAGACUGCAGCUUGGCAAGUCCACAAGGAGAAUGGGUCGCAGGGUUUGUAAUACAGAGCACGUCCAUGGUUGGAAUAUAAAACCUGUAAGUUUUGAGCUAACAACUUCGAAUGGUGAACAUGCUGUAUCUCAAUGCUUUCUGGACAAUCCUGGGAACUGGGUUUACUACCAUGUAGGAGAUUUUGUUGUAUUGCAUCCAAACGAAAUGACCAAGAUCAAAUUUUCAUUGACCCAGAUUGAUUGCACUCACACCAAAGGAGGACUCUCUUUAGAUGCUGUUUUUAUAUACCCCAGUAACUUAGGCAGUGAGAUGAGCACAACAUUCAAGUUGUGAGAACAACCCAUUUUUGUAUUCAUCAUGUAUAUUAUUUAUUUUUUGUAUUCAUCAUGUAUAUUAUUUAUUUAUUUAUUUUCUUUAUCAUUGUUGCUCAAUGGUAAACAAAUGCCUAAUAAGAGUGAGAUGAACACUA